AUGCCUGCUCGAACCUCUACACGCCAGGCCGCCCAAAAAGCAAAGGAGGCUAUCACUUCUUCAAUCGACCCUUCGGAUAGGGCAAUUCCUGGGUCUAAACGCAAAGCUUCGAGCGAAAAGCCUGUCGAAGUCACACCCAGUCGAGUCGAUGAAGCUCCUGAAACGAAGCCUACACCUGAACCCGGGAAUCAGACUACCGCUGACAAGCAGCCUGAGGUGAGGAAUGCAGAUGAACAAGGAGCUGUGAUACACAGUGACCUGGAAACAAAGACAAAAAAGGAACCAAAGCCUGAAGGCGACACAGAGUUGGGGGUCUACAAAUCUGAAGAGAGAGAACAUGCUGUGUCGUCAAACAUCGUGGAAAAGGGAAUAAUCUACUUCUUCUUCCGCCCACGAGUCAACGUCGAAGAUCCUGAAGGCGUCGAAGAUGUUGCCCGAAGCUUCUUUGUGCUCCGGCCUACUCCUCUCGGUGGUGAACUAGACCAUGACCAAGAACCGCUUGACAAAGAUGCUCGAUGUCGUCUCAUGAUGCUCCCAAAGAAAAAAUUUCCCAACAAACCCGGCGAAAGAGAGAUGGGAUUUGUGGAGAAGGCUGGCCAGACCAUGAAAGAUCUGCAAGAAAACUUCUUUGCGGCCAAGACUUAUCAGACAGCCACUCGGGGUGAACGAACCGUUGGCGAGGCUAGACCUUAUGCCGAGGGUGUCUAUGCGAUCACGUCGACCAAGCGGACCUCCCACCUCGCCUACGUGCUGACCAUCCCAGCCGAGCCAGGUGAGAUUCAGAAUAGUUUUGGUAUACACCAGCAAGGUAGCUGGAUUGUUUCAUCGAAAAAUCCAAAAUAUCCCGGUCCCGCUUUUGCGCAGCUACCGAAAGAUCCUGAGUAUCCCGCACCAGUGCUGGAGAAGUUCGGGGAUCUCCGAUGGAUUCCUCUGGAACCAGAGCUCGUUGAAUAUCCUAAUGCCCAGUUCCUGAUGGUCGGCGAGGCACAGGGCUCUCUGGGCAAAGCUGCGACAGCCGAAGGAAACAAGGAACCUCACGAGCAGGAGCCAGGGCAGGAACUGGAAAAACUGGAAAAGGAAAAUGAACAUCGUGUCGAGGCCCUCCAGGGUGAUCAGACCAUCUUCCAAGAUUUGGGUAUGCAUGGGAAAAAGUAUGCCACGCUGCAAACAACUUGGAACACCUAG